AAUGGCGGCUGCUAAGCGGAUGCGAUUUUCGCUUGGUGACUGUUCGAAAGACCAAAAUGGAUCUAAUGCAAAAGGAAAUAAUUCGAAAAGUGGAAAACUUCAUAACGUAGAUUCUCUUCUCGAUAUAUGUGCUAAAAUUGUAGGUGAAAACAUACCAUUUCAGAAGAUAGAGCAGCGGUUCGACCGUAUUCCUGAACCAGUGCAAAGUCGAAUUGUGUUUUGGUCAUUCCCUAGAAAUGAAAGGGAUAUUUGCAUGUAUUCUUCCUUUACCCAAGUUGGGAAAGAAAAUGCUGACAGUGAAAAGCUUCCAUUCAAUCAAGGAGUUAAACUUUUGGAGUCAGGAGCUGUGGAUAAUGUGUUACAAAUUGGUUUCCAUUUAAGUGGCAAAGUCACAGAGCCAGCUAGUCCCUUGUUUUCCCAGCCAGAACGUGUCUUUCAAGUCUCAAUUAGUUUUGAUAGAUGUAAAAUAACCUCAGUGAAGUGCGGGUGUGGCAAUAAGGACAUUUUCUGGUGCCAACAUGUGGUCGCGUUGUCGUUGUAUCGAAUACGAAAAGCCAAUAGUGUUCAAUUACGAGUCCCUAUAUCAGAAACAUUACUCCAGAUGAAUCGGGAACAAUUACAGAAGUUUGCUCAGUAUUUGAUAUCAGAACACCAUACAGAUGUCCUGCCAACAGCACAGAACAUAGCAGAUGAAAUUCUACAGGCCAAAUCACGGAUCAACCUUCUGGCAGGUGCACCAGACCCUACGGCGGGUGCGUCUGUGGAUGAUGACAACAGUUGGCAUCUUGACGAGGAUCAAGUGCGGGAACAGGCUCGAUCCUAUCUCUCUCAGGGAAACUACCUCAGCUCCGCGAACCACUUCAACGCAAUGUUUGCAAAGGUUCGGGAAAUGUUGCAAGCAAAGGAUUCCAAUGGUGCUCGAAUGUUGCGUCUCAUCACAGAACAGUUUCUGGCUGACCCGCGAUUAAUCAUCUGGAAGACCACACAAAUGAACGACAAAAUUCGACAAAUGUGGGACGAACUUGGUGCAUUAUGGGUGUGCGUGGUUCUGAACCCUAACUCUGGCUGCCACGAGAAGGAACAGUGGCAGGGUCUGCUGGAGAAAUGGUCGGCUGACCUCGCGUGCCCCCUGGAGGAUGCUGACAGUCGUAACCUGCUCACCGCGCACCUGGGCACUGACAACUUAGGUGCGCAGAUAUACUUCGGUGCGGCGCUGAAUCACCAGCCUGCGCGGGCUCGAACCAUCUUCCAUCGGGCGCUAGAGGCCAGCAAGCUGACCUGGAAGGAUGUGCACCUACAGUUGAUUCUGAAGAACGACCUCAACAUGGAGCUGGCGGACAGAGAAAGCUAUCUCUUUGACUGCCGGGGGCUACCUCUUUGGCAUGAACAUCUGCCAACUGCCUGUGCGCGUGUGGACGCUCUACGUUCCCAUGGUUACAGUCAGGAAGGAUUGCGAUUGGCUGUUGUAAUAGUGCAGACGCUGAAACACCAGCAGAAGUUGAAUAUUGAAAAACAUAGAAUUGACAAUGAAGGUAUGCCAAGCACAAGUCGAGGGUCAGGCACAUCGUUCUUGGUACAGACAAACAUGGAGCCCUGGGUGGGACAUCCCCUGGACCCCAUCAGUGUACUGUUUGACACACUUCUAGAGGCUUCCAAGAUGGAGGAGAAUCCAAACAACCUGGAUCCCCUGAGUAGCAGACUGUUUUUCAAUGAGAAUGGCUCAAGUUGUUUGCCUGCGCGAUACGGUCACCGACUGAUACCGGGCAUCGAUGAACCAGCUGAAUCCUACCUCACUCUAGCGUUAGAGGCCGCACUUUUAGGCCUAGGACAGCAAAGGAACAUGCCAACGGGUCUGUAUGCGCAGGAGAAGACGUGCAAACAGGAGGAGAAGCUGCUGACGAAACUCACGGCCCUUGACCUUGACCCCACCCUUGUAGAGGUCAUGUGUCGACAGUGUGUGCAGAUGUUGGAAGGAGGUCCCACCAGUGGGUUUGGCAUGGGCAUCCACACAGAGAGCUACCCGAUGCACACGUUUGCCAAGUACCUGUUCAACAGUCUGCUCUCACACAACGAGGACCUGGCCUACAGGAUCGGCCUGCGCGCUCUCAGAUUACCGGUGCUAGAGAACACAGAAGAGUUGGAUGACGGGUUGAACAACGUGGGCUCGGUGGUGCUGUCCCGGUUUCCACGCUGGUUCAUACUGGGCCACGUGGAGGGGCAACAGUGCGAGCUGGCCUGUACACUGCUGAACGCUGCCAAAGGUUCCUCGUCACGUCUCCACACGGUGCUAGAGGCAUCCCAGCAGCACAUCCACAGUUCCACCCAGCUGUUCAAACUCGCGCAAGACGCGUUCAAGAUUGCCACACCGCCCGACGGACCCAAACACUCGUCUGCCCUCAACGCUGCAUACAAGCUCGGUCUCCAGGUGAUGAGGAUGACGCUGAUGUCGAUGAACUGGCGCAGACGGGAGAUGGUGCGCUGGCUGGUGACGUGUGCCACAGAGAUAGGGGUUCACGCCCUGAUGUCCAUUAUGCAGAUUUGGUAUUCACUCUUCCAGCCAAUAGAGGCCACAGGUAUGGUAGCCACCACUAUCAUGGCCCAGACGACCUCAAUGCAGCCCGGUCUAUUUGCCCAGCGAGAAGAGCUGGCCAAGUGCGCAAGGACCCUGGCCCUCCAGUGCGCGUCAAAAGACCCACAAAACUGUGCCCUGUGCGCAUUGACUCUGUGUGAGAAAGACCCAGUGGCCUUCGAGACUGCGUACCAGAUAGUCGUGGACGCAGCGUCCCACAUAAUGAACUCGAGUCACUUGUUCACCAUUGCACGGUAUAUGGAGCACCGCGGGCACCCGGAUCGGGCAUACAAGCUCUCCCUGCUGGCGAUGAAAAACCUGCACCUGGCUUACAAUCAGGACACGCAUCCCGCUAUUAACGAUAUUCACUGGGCGUGCGCGCUCAGCCAUUCCCUCGGUCGCGUAGAACUCGGCAAUAUGAUUCCGCUGUUAGUGAAAAACGUGCAAUGUGCCAUGGUGUUGUCGGAUAUCUUACGACGGUGCACACUUUCUGCACCCGGAAUAGCCAACACUGACGGCAAACGUCGCACUGUUAAACUGUUGUCUUACGAUAAGCAGCCAUUGCGCCAACUUAUGGAGGCGACGAUCUGUGCUUUUGUGAACACCACUCAUUCGAAACUUACGCACAUCAGCCCUAGACAUUAUGGAGACUUUAUUGAUUUCCUAAGCAAAGCAAGAGACACGUUUCUCUUGGCCCACGAUGGACACAUGCAGUUCACGCAACUGAUUGAUAGCCUGAAGCUUGUGUACAAAGGGAAGAAAAAACUCAUGUCACUUAUCAGGGAACGAUUCGGAUUGUGACCCUGCUUAAACUGGACAUAGCUAGUCAAAUGGUAUACUUUCAAUAUAUAAAAAUCUGCAUUAUAAAUGGGCAUACUUUUUUUUUCAGUUUGAUACUCCACAGAAAUUAGGAAUAUAUUUGUUAUAAUUUGUGAGAAUUGGAUUGCAAAUUUCAUCAUAAUGGCCAGUCUAUUUAGGUGUGAUCCUUAAGCAGUUUAUAGUAAAUUUAAGAAUGUAAAGUUAUAAUUAUGAAUUAUAUAUAAUUAAACUUGAUCCUUUUGGUUUAUUAAACCUUUUUAAGAAUGAGGAAUUUUGUUUUUCCCCUCUUCUAAGAAACGAGUCAAUGCAGUAAAGCUGUUCAAGUCAGUUGGCUGAAGCCAUUUGAAUCAGUUUGCUUGCAUUUUCAAGUCAGUUCUAGUCUAGGAGUUACUGCAGUACAGAUACUUGUUACAUAAUCUUUUGUCUUAAAUCAGUUGAUUUUUUCUUUCUUUGGGUAAAGGGCCUGGCCUUUCAAUUUGGGGGAAAAAAAUAUCGACAAAACUGAAAAGGGGAAGAAAUUUUCCAAAGUUAGCUUAAAUUUUGGGAAAAAUUGUGUCAUUUUAAAUCAAUUCUUGUUGGUUAGGCAAUGCAGGGAAGGCAAUGGCCCUUGCAAAAGAAGGAAAAAAGCCCUGUAAAUGAAUAUGUAUUGGUAUUUAAUCAUAAUUUAGAACAAAGGAAAAAGAACAAUUUUAUUUUUGUUUUCUUGUACGAUAAGGCACUAGUAUGUAUACAUCAAAUGUAUGUAGUAUUUCUAUAUAUAAUGUUCGAGCUGCAAGCUAUGUUGAUGUUUAUUGUAAAUGUUUAUUUAAAGAGAAAAUGUACAAGUACUUUAUCUUUUGCAUUUGUUGGACAUUGUUGUAUUUAAAUGUUUGUAUGCUCAUGAAAUAUUGCGAGUGCUUAAAGGUAACUUAUUGUAACUUAUUGUAGGCUCACUCUGGCAACACGGGGUUUAAUUGUUGUGGGCAACAUGUGCAGUCAGCGCUGGCUAAUUAGGGACAACACUUUUUGGUAUUUUUGUUUUAACUCUUUCAGUGCGGGAACCGAAUUUUGAAGGCCUUUGCAAACAGUUUGGAUCCAGAUGAGACGCCACAGAACGUGGCGUCUCAUCUGGAUCCAAACUGUUUGCUAUUCUGAUAGAAUUCUUUAAAAAAAAAUCGAAGAAAAUGCUAAUUUUAGAAAUUCAGCAGACGACAUUUUAGCAGACGACAAAUUUCCCAGCAUGCAAAGGGUUAAGGAAGUGUCUUUUUAGCAAAAAUCCAGUUGAGGCGGAAAGUGUCGUCCCCGAUCUGGGAACCACUUUGCUCACAUUCAUUAAGCCCUGUUUUCCCAGAGUUUGACCUAUUUGUAUUGUACGGAGCAGACCAGUGCUUGUGGGCUUUUGAAGCCAUGUCUUUGGGUUUUGUUGUGCUAUUUACUACACUUUGAUGUAACAGUUGUAAAUUAAAAAAGAGGUGUCAUGUGUUUACAUAUUUUUUCUUGUAAUUCCAGUAAGGAACACAUCAGAAUAUGGGACAUGUAUACACAUUUUGAUCCUUCCAAAUGACACAUUUGUUAGUUUUCUGAUUAAUUGGCUAGUGUUGUUAUUACUCACAAAAUUGUAAAAUUUCUGUUUGUAAGGUAAGAUAAUAUUUAACAUAAUCAUCUCACUUGUAAAUACAAUGCACAGACAUUGUAAAUACAUGUGUACAAUGCACAGACAUUGUAAGUUACCGUUAGUUUUGUCAAAUUUCAGAUUUUUUUGUUGCUUAUUGACUGAUAUGUUACAAAUGAAAUGCUUUUCAAAAGUUUGAAGAGUUUUUUUUUUGCCAAAAUUAGUUUUUGAUGUAUUGGGUUAUGUUUGUUGUAUCAAAUUCAAAAAUAAAGAACCAACAACGUACUUUGCUUGGAUGGUUAUGUGUUUUUAACAUUGAGUUUUUUAACAAUAAAUUAAUUAUACAUAUAAACAACAAACAUUUUUUCAAAACAGGGCAGAAUAUAAUAAGCAUUAUGCAUAACAUGUACACUGUCUUAGGUGUUGCGUAUAAUCUGAAACUAUGAAUCAGGGUUGUGGAAAUAACAAAUACUGGUUGCUUGUCCAUGAACAAGUUUAUUCACUUGAAAAAAUCUUGUCUAACAGAAAAGUAAAAUUUUCCAAGUCAAGACAAGGUGGAAAUGGAGGUUCGUCUUUUCUGAAUGGUCUAUUUUGCUCUUCAUUUAAUUUUAACUUUCAUUAUGAUUAUUUAGAUGAUUCAGUGUUUGUGGACAUUUACAUUAUUAUUUUUUUACUGAUUUUUGCAAAAUUAUCAUUUCAGUUUUAUGGAGAUGUUUCUUUUGUUUUCUGAUAAUACUAGGCUGUUUGUUGUUAUCAAGUUUGUUUUCUGAUCAGUUUUGGUUAAAUAUUGCAUUACGUUUUGUCAUUAGAUAUUUUAUUGUUACAGAUCAUUCUUUAAAAAUUUUGUGUUUACUCUUUAAACAUUGUUUUUUCUAAAAUGAUUAUAUUAUUGAAGUCUUUAUUUCCAUGCCAUUAAACAUUAGAUUUAUAUAAUUAUAUCUGAAAGUGAAAGUAUUUUUCAUAUUUAUGUGCUGAAGUUUUUGUAAAACAUUUUAUAAGAUGCCAUUCAAGGUCAAGAAAUGGGGAAAAAAUGUUUGUGCUUAGUCUGGGUUUAUUAUGCCCACCUUCGAAGAAGAGGGGGUAUAUUGCUUUGCUCAUGUCGGUCGGUCGGUCUGUCGGUCUGUCAGUCUGUCGGUCCGUCCACCAGCGGGUUGUCAGACGAUAACUCAAGAACGCUUGGUCCUAGGAUCAUGAAACUUCAUAGGUACAUUGAUCAUGACUCGCAGAUGACCCCUAUUGAUUUUGAGAUCACUAGGUCAAAGGUCAAGGUGACCCGAAAUAGUAAAAUGGUUUUUGAAUGAUAACUCAAGAACGCAUACGCCUAGGAUCAUGAAACUUCAUGGGUAGAUUGAUCAUGACUCGCAGAUGACCCCUAUUGAUUUUGAGGUCACUAGGUCAAAGGUCAAGGUCAAGGUGACCCGAAAUAGUAAAAUGGUUUCCGGAUGAUAACUCAAGAAUGCAUAUGCCUAGGAUCAUGAAACUUCAUGGGUAGAUUGAUCAUGACUCGCAGAUGACCCCUAUUGAUUUUGAGGUCACUAGGUCAAAGGUCAAGGUCACUGUGACCCGAAAUAGUAAAAUGGUUUUCGGAUGAUAACUCAAGAACGCAUAUGACUAGGAUCAUGAAACUUCACAGGUAGAUUGAUCAUGACUCGCAGAUGACCCCUAUUGAUUUUGAGGUCACAAGGUCAAAGGUCAAGGUCACGGUGACCCGAAAUAGUAAAAUGAUUUUCGGAUGAUAACUCAAGAACGCUUUUGCCUAGGAUCAUGACACUUCAUAGGUACAUUGAUCGUGACUCGCAGAUGACUCCUAUUGAUUUUCAGGUCACUAGGUCAACGGUCAAGGUCACAGUGACAAAAAACAUAUUCACACAAUGGCUGCCACUACAACGGACAGCCCAUAUGGGGGGCAUGCAUGUUUUACAAACAGCCCUUGUUGCAUAUUAACGGCUUAGGCAAUAUUACAUGGUAAUUUGAGUACUUCAAAUACAAUCAUGUUUGAGCCAUGCUCUUUGAAUACCAGGCUUGAUGCAUGUGGGUAAAAUGUAGUCUCAGAUCUGCCUGUGCAGCCUGCUUGAUGCAUGUGGGUAAAAUGUAGUCUCAGAUCUGCCUGUGCAGCCUGCUUGAUGCAUGUGGGUAAAAUGUAGUCUCAGAUCUGCCUGUGCAGCCUGCUUGAUGCAUGUGGGUAAAAUGUAGUCUCAGAUCUGCCUGUGCAGCCUGCUUGAUGCAUGUGGGUAAAAUGUAGUCUCAGAUCUGCAUGUGCAGCCUGCUUGAUGCAUGUGGGUAAAAUGUAGUCUCAGAUCUGCAUGUGCAGCCUGCAGAAGCUUAUAAGGGGCGACACUCACUGCAUUAAAGGAAUUUUUAUUUGAAAGGAAGUAUUUUUUAAACAAAAAUCUAUUCUAGCCAAAGAGUGGUCUGUAUUUGUACACUGUUUAUAUUUUCCUCAAUAUCAAGUAUGUUAAAGCAAAGCAUGAUAUUGUUAUAAUUUGUCCAGGUUAUUGUAAUUUGCUAAUAAACCUUUUAUAAAUUUCAUUAUAUGAUAUGCCAUAAUGCAUUUAUAUACCCGAGUUGAAGGCUGACUACCUCAUUUAUGUCAGAAAUGCAAAGCAUCGUCUUUGAGUGUUACAUAAUCAUCAAACAUUCUUCCCAUUAUAGACACAUUUAUUUUCUGUAUUCAAAUGUAUUUGACUUGCGCAUGCCAUUUGAUGAUAAUCAUUUUAUAUUCGUUCCAUGUAAUCCUCAUUUCGCACAAUCAUUUUCUUUCAUUCAGUUCAUUUCGGUACUAUUUAGUGUUGUUAACCCUCAUAUGUAUAUUGUCAAGUCUAUGUGAAACAUGCUAUAAAUUAUUUUCAAACUUGCCUCAUUUUUGUAUCAUGCUCUAAAUUUAUUGAGCAUGUUUCACCUCUGUGUAUUUUAUUGCUGCUAACAUGCUAAUAAUGUAUAUGGUAUGCAUUGAUCAUAUUUGAAUUUAUUUGAAAUGUUGCAUUAUUUGAACUUUCCUAUAGCAAACAUCAUCUUUAUAUAAAUAUAUUAUUUCACAGAUGCUACUUUUUUCUGGCAUCACAUUCUGUACUUUUACUUUUACAUUUUUAUAUACCCAAGUGAACAUUUCGAUUUGUCAUAAUUUUUUCCUCAUCUUGCCCACCCAAGCUUUCUGUUAUUGUGAUGCAAAUAUUGGAUGCACAUUUUGGGUUGCCAGAUGCAAGCAUAAUGCUUCUGUAUAAACCCUUUUCCAUUUAGAAGCAAAGUGAAAAUUGCUAUGUGCAAACAGCAUAAAACCAAAACAGCCUGUGAGUAACUCGCAGCCUGAUAAGGUUUUAUGCUCUUUGCUGCUUAUUAGUAUAUAAGGGUUGGAAAUGAAGCCUUUAAAACUUGAAUCUAGUAAGAAAGGUCUUUAAUUAAAUUGAACUUUCUAUGGGACUACAAAUGCGUGAAAAUACAAAUCUAAGUGGUAAAGGGUUAAAUAAUACUGUUUUAUAAUAUUUUCUCUAUUUCUUACCUCAGGAGACUAAGAUCUUAACAAAUUAGUACAUGCACAUUCUCUUGUUAUUUGAAAUUAUUUUAUUAAACAUACUUCUCAAAUGAAGUACAGAUCAAAUAGGCAAUGCCUUUGGGUUUUAUGAGUCAAAACUUUUACUUAUUAUGUUAAAAUGUUUAGCCCUAAAGGUAUCACAUUAAAAUAAAAAAAUAUUAUGGCAUAGAUCUCCCAAUGAAAUAACAGUAACAUAAUGUUAAACAAAAUUAAUAAACAUUCAGAGCAAAGGACACUCUUAUUUGGACACUAAUCAUGGUGUAAGUUAUUGUAUGCAGGUUAUACAAGAUGUGUAUGAAUGCUGCAGUCCAUCUACCGAUGCAAAACAGCUUUUUGACAGUCAUUUUGAUGUUAUUUAUUGCAAGUUUAUGUGUUCCAUAUACUUGUACAAAUAUAUAUAUGAAUAUAUUAUGUGAAUGUUAUUAUUUAUGCAUCAUGUGCUAUUCAGAUAAUAUGCACAUAUUGAAAGAAAAUAACUUUUUUUAAUUAGUAAUGUGUAUAUGAUGAACAAACAGGUUUAUUCAGCCAAGUUAGUUUUCCUGCAUGAUUCAUGACAUAUAUUUUUCAAAAGAAAUUAAGAUAUUGUAAUUGUGAUUAUAUCUAUAUUUUUUGUUCUUGUGCACAAUGGUGAUCUUAAUAUCAUCUUGACGCUAUCAGAAGUCAGUUGAAAACUGCAUUAAAAUGGACUGCCUACCAUGCUGUUAAAUUUGUUAAGCUGAUUCUUAUUCUGCAUCCAAUUUACUUGUUGUGUUUAUUAGAAAAGUUCAUUCUAAGUAAUAUCACAACAAAUAUGUUUGUAAUUGAUUUUCUUUGUAAAACAUCCCCCAAUUACUCGAUUUGACUUUGUCGCACCAGUUAACAUAAUUAUUUGUAAAUCGCGUUCAUUUUUAAAAGGGAUGCCAUAUAUUAAAGCAGUCUAUAAGUAUAAUGUGUAUUUAUGUGGAUGAUUUAUAUCAUGAACAUGAUGGUACAUAUUUGUGUUGUUUAAGUAUGUGUCAAUAUGUGUUCUUUGUGUGUUACAUAUGAAUGAGUAUUGUAUUAUUGAUGGACAUUUAUUGAAGGUUACCCUUUUUGUUUCUUUACAUUGUGUUCCUCUGGAUAAGGCGCAUGCGCUAAUUCAUACUGAAUUCGAUUCUGUAUUAUUUCUUUUUGAAAGUAUAUAAUAUUGAACAAUAAAAGUAAAGAUCUG